GCAACUCAGCUAACCACGUCACUGUGGUUAAAGCAAAAACAGAAAAACAAAGUUUUCAGUUCUGUCAGACAAUCACAAAGACAUCAUGCUUUUGCUGCCUUGAAAUAACAAAGUAAUGUAGAUGUCUGCAUAAAAGACCUCAAUUUGAUAAACUAGAAGUUUCUUUACAAACAAAAUGGAAAAUGUAUUGUUAUUAUUUCCCCAAUUAAAUUUCACAGCAUCAUCUGCUCAUCCCCAUUUCAAGACAUUCAAAGCUUUUGCCAAGGAUGGACUAAAAAAAGAUAUAUUAAACAGGCAUAAGGACAAAAGUAGGGGACAGAACCAUCUCUCUCAAAAAUCAGGAUCCCAUGAGUAUUUAUCUUCAAACAAAUCUGAGCAUUUGACCUGUAUUACAAGAGUGUCCCCAGAAGAAGCAAUGAAAUGGGGUGAAUCAUUUGACAAACUGCUUUCUCAUAAAGACGGUCUAGAAGCUUUUAAAAAGUUCUUAAAAAUGGAAUUCAGCGAUGAAAACAUUGAGUUUUGGUUGGCAUGUGAGGAUUACAAAACCAGUGACUCCAUUAACCAACUUCAAAAUAAAUCCAAGAUAAUCUAUGAAAAAUAUAUUCAGAAGGAAUCCCCUCUAGAGGUCAACAUUGACUUUGCUACCAAGGAAAUUACCCAAAAAAAUAUUGAGAACCCAACAAGAUCAAGUUUUGACCAAGCACAGCGUAUGAUCUAUGGACUUAUGGAAAAGGACAGUUACGCAAGGUUCCUCAAAUGUGACAUCUACUUAGAUCUGCUGAAAGGGAAGCAAAUUUGUGCACCUGCCCCCAGCACUCGCAGGCGAUCCCGGUCUUUCACCAUAAGUGACUUUCAAAAUGAAAAUUCUGACUUUGGAAUAUGGUUGUAAUUCUGUAUAUUUUAAAUGAAAAGUACAGCUUCCUUCUGCAAAGGAUUAAUCUUGGAAUCCUCAAAUGCCAUAUAAAAUUAAAUCUGAUACCUAGGUGUAAAUAGUUACAGUUUCCUAAACAAUGUUUAACUUAAAGUGAUAAGUCAAAAUUGAGAUGGGCACAAGUGCUAUUAAAUUUUACAUAUAAAGGUAUAGGCAAUAUACUUCCAUCAGCAAAAUGCUUCUAGUUAAAGUUAUUGUUUUUAACAGGCAUAUGCACAUAUGCUGUGGGUGCCCUCUGCAACAACAUUCAAAUGCUACACCUUCUAAGACAGUCAGUGUUGACUUGUAUGACACAAAUUAAGUCUUCACUGGUGCAAUACAUGCCACCGCCAGCUCUAUGAGUAGCGUAGUGUUUGCGUCGUGUUCCUCUAAUCACACAUAGCAUAUGUGCAUAUGCUGCUGAAACAUUAAUAAUGGAAGUAUAUUAAAAAAAAAAUUCUAUUUAAUUGAAAUUCAUUCAUAUACCUUUUUACCCCUUUAAAGGAUAUUUGUAUUCAUAUAGCUUGAUUUAUCAGUAUACCAACUAGAAGAUAAGACUUAAAAAAGAUUUACUAAAUAUAUAUUAACACGUUUA